GUGUCAGCGCUGUGUUGUUGCCUGGGCGCCAUAACUGCUGUUGCCGGGCGCAACAAUGUUGAAUGGGCGCCUAUCAACGUAUGGGCUGUGUUAUAAAAGCGCGACCGCCGCGUCCGUUCGUGCUUGAGCUCCUCAUCUUCUUCGAGCCAAGUUCACGGGUACAGGUACUGGCUAGUGAGUACCCCAUCCCUACUGCAAUCCGGUGGUCGUCUGAAAGCCGCGUUUGCUCUCUAGCCUUGCUUGUUUCGUUUUAAUCUAUAUUUCGUCACGCUACUCACUUUCACCUUCGUCAACGACUUAUUUUGCUACUUCACGACUGGUCUACGAUGCGUUCCUCUGCUGUCGUCGCUGUUGCUCUCCUUGCCGCUACCGGUCCGGCUGUUGCACUCCCAAUCGGGACCGAGUUCGGCAUCGCUGCGCGUGCCUUACAGAACCGCCGGUCAGCGGAUAUGGUUGAGAGCUUCUACGCCCGUGAUGAGGACGACAUGUUGCUCUCUCGCAGGGAGCCCGUCAACCUGAACAGGCUGAGAAUCGGGGUUGUAGCCAACAGGUACAAGCGCUCCCCGUUCGUGGUCUUCUCGAAGGCAGCGGCGAACAUCCCUGCGUGCCACACUGGCUUUGCGUUUUGUGGGCGAUCCAUUGAAGACGAGCUCGAUUGAGGAAGUUUACAUUGAUCAGUAACUUGCGGUAGCUUGUAGUUCUUGACGACUUUCAUGACGAAAUACGAUUACGACUGGGGAGCUCAGACAUUUGACGGACUGCAUUCCGAUUGCACGCAACCAUUCAACCCAUCUUUUUGACAGGCAC